AUGAAUGGAAUUUCAACUGAUAAUAAGUAGUUUGAAGAAAUGCUUUCAUAGGAUUUAAAAAAGCUAAAUAGAAAACUUAAUUCUAGUCAACAUCAAUAUCAAAGAAAGGACUCAAAAAUAUCUUCUUAUCUGUAAUAAAAAUAUCCAUAAGCCUUUGACUAAAUGAGUCAUGCUUAAAACACAGCAGAUAGAUUCCGCUAUUAGUACCAAAAACUCCUUUACAAUAUGACUUCAAAGUAGUUUGUAGAUAUUACCUAUAAGACUAACUUUAUAAAAGAAAACAUAAAAAAUCCUCAAUCAAACAAAAGGACCGGCAAGAGGUAAUAUAAAAAGUAGUCCACCAAGGUCAAGGGAUAGUUAUUAAUCGAAAAAUAAAUGUAAAUAGAUAGAUGGAAAAAUGAAAAGAUUAUUGGAAAUAGUUAAUAGAAAUCAUUAUAUGUGGUAUUUAGUUGCUUUUGA